AUGGGCAUCACAUUCGUGUUCGAAAUGAUCUCGUGGGCUGUGACGGACGCGGUAAACUCGCUCCGUGGCGUGUUUGUGUUCUUCAUAUUCUGCUGGAAACGAUCUGUGCUCAAUUUGUUGCUGGACCGGACGCCUAAAUCGACGCGACAUUUUAGCGGUAGUGGGACCACUGCAAGUAUGAGAACACUCGGGUCGAUGGUGUCCACGCAUAUCGUCUUAGGUGGCAGUGGCAGCGGUGGCGACAGCAGCACUACUUCAUUUCAGCUUUCGCAAUUCGGCAGUAACACAUCGAUGGUCACAUUAGGAAAAUUGUCAUCACCACGUUAG